AUGAGAUUCUCCAUCUCCGCGUCCGUUCUCGUCCUCCUCGGUGUGGCCAGUGGCCUUCCAACUGAGCUUGAGGCUCGAGUUCCGUCCAAUGCGCCCAUCAACCUUCAUAAUGGCCCCGAUUCCUCUGGCUCAUUCAAGUGCGGAGACAAGACUUACAGCGGGCAUGAAAUUUACCUUGCUGCGCAACGAGGCACCAACCUCCACCUCGUGGGCGAAACUCGCGGCCGAAACCAAUACCCACACCCGUUCCCCAACGACGACUCCAAGGGGGUUAAGCUCAACUUUCCCAAGGACUGUCCCGCGGACGACAGCCGUUAUGAGUUCCCACUUAUGAAUGGAAGCCCGUAUGACGGCGGAAAGAACAAUGUCAAGCAGGGCGAUGAGAGGGUUGUCUUCUACUACGAGGAUGGCGAAAUCAGCUACGAUGGAAACCCCCAGGUUUACUAUUGUGGUAUCAUGACGCACAAGGGGGCUGCUACUGGUGGUUUCUUAAUGUGCUAG